AUGCUCAAAUGCUGGCUCCUUCUAUCCAUAAUCGGUUGGGUAACAGCCGGAGAUGUACUUUUCAUUCCUAGUACUUUAUAUCCAGUACACGGUCAAACAAUGGCAGUUUUGGCCAAAGAACUCGUCGAUCGGGGUCAUCAGGUGACGUGGCUGGAGAUUGGAACAAAACAGUCUGACCUAGUUCUCCCAUCGGAAGUGACCCGAGAGUUUUGGCCUGCUCAAUUCGGAGAUUCCACUCUUCAAGACAUUUAUCAGUACCGCAAUCACUCGUCUCAUUCUCAGCUCUGGAAUCCAGAACACCUCAACGAAAAUGAGCAAACCACCGGAUGGUUGGCAUCGAUUCGUCUCUGUGAUUCGGUUCUGACAAGAAGCCGAUCGAAAUUUGAUCGACUUGUUGAAAAAAAAUUUUCCACUGUCAUCGUCGACGACUUGUACAACCCAUGUGGUGUGCUCAUAGCUGGACUCAAAAAGUCCGUCUACAUCUACUGGUCGAUUACCGGGCUUCGAACCGAAUCCGCGUGGGCCAAUCAGUCCCCAUCACCACCCAGCUACCUUCCGGUCGCUGGAACCGGUCUAACUGAUGAUCUCACUUUUUCUGAGAGAGUCUACAACGUGGCAUCCUAUUUAAAGCAGUUGUAUCUCCAUCAGCAUAUUGUGCAGCCAAGGGUUGAUGCUGUUUUUCAGAAGCACUACCCAGGAGUCUCCACGAUGUUCGAUAUCGAGCGAAACGCCUCAAUCAACUUCGUCAACACCCCGCCCAUUUUCGACUUUUCAAGACCCUACAUGCCACGUGUCAACUUUGUAGGAGCAAUCCAAUGUAGAAAGGCAAAGGAGCUCCCAAAAGAAUUUGCGACGAAAAUCUCCGAACAUCCCGAAGGGUUCGUCGUCCUCUCCACGGGAUUCUCAGCUCAAUGGACAAAGUCUCCAGAAUCCACGCGUCAAGCAUAUCUAAAAGCCUUCAAAUCUUUCCCGAAGCUUCUUUUUAUUUGGCAGUUCAACGGAAAGCUUCCAGAAGGUUCUAAAGCUCCCUCAAAUCUCAUCACAAAGCCAUGGCUUCAACUUCAAGACCUUCUGGGUCAUGAGCAAUGCCGAUGCCACGUGUCACAUGGUGGAUUGAAUAGUGUGAUUGAGUCGGUGUAUCAUGGGGUGCCGGUCGUUGGAGUACCACUGACAGCGAGAGGUUAUGAUAAUUUGUUGAGGAUCACGGCGAGAGAUAGUGGAGUGAUGAUUGAGAAGUCAGAGUUUAAUGGGGACACACUGACGGCUGCGAUUCGCGAAGUGACGAAGAAUGAGAAAUACAAAAAAGAGAUGCUCAUCUUCCAAGACAUGGUCAUCGAUGUCCCAUACACCGAACUCUACCACGCCGCCUUCUGGGUGGAAUUCAUCGAACGUCACCAAGAAGUUCCCCAUGCGAGAAGCGGUGCCGACCAUCUGAAUUUCCUACAGUACUUCCUGGUCGACGUUAUCGCCUUCUUCUUCUUCGUCAUUUUCUGCACAUUAUCCGUGAUUUUCUACGCAAUUCAUACCGUAAUCCGAACGAUUGGUUCGGUGAUCAAUGGAAUUCGAGGUGUGCCGAGAGUGAAAGUUUCAAAGGGAAAAAAGACAAAUUGA